AAAAAGGAAGUAAUUAUGCCGAAAAAGAUGUCUAUCUCGAGAAAGGCGUGUGGCGGGCGAAGGCCGCUCGAAAUUGUAUAUAAGCUCAGUAAAACGAACACUUAUCAUCAGUCCAACUUGAGUUGCUCAGGCGCAAGCGAAUAUCGAAUAGCAUCGAGAAAUACAAACAUGGCCCGCGCCGUAAUUCUCCUCUUCCUCAUCGCAGUUGCUACCAUUAAUGCCGUGCCUCACUGCGGUGUAAACGAGGUAUUCAACAGCUGUGGUUCGUCGUGCCCAAGCACUUGCCAAAAUCCAGUUCCCCCUGUCUGUACAUUGGCAUGUAUUCCUGGAUGUGACUGCAUACAGGGAUAUGUGAGAAACGGGGAAAACAGAUGCAUAGCUACGCAAAAUUGUUAACCACAUUCAACAACUAAACAAAUAUAAUUUCCAAACAUCAACUGUGUCGAUAUAAAAUAAUACGAAAUGAGCAUGUAUGAUCAAAGCAUUUUUACUGAUUUCUAUAGUAUAUUUGUUGGACAAGUGCUUUUAGUGAUAUUCAAAUUUUUUUAAUUUAAACAAUUAUAUUAUAUUAUAUAAUUACUAUGAAAG